AUGUCACCUAGUGAAUUUGAUCAAUGUACCGAAGAAAUUUCCCCAUUAGUGAUGGACGCUGUGGUUCAAGGUGUUUCAGUACAACAAUCCUCAAACUUUGCAUACAUAAAUCAAAUAUCUGCGGACGAUGAGAUUAUACAAGAUCAACUUCCCGGUGUCAUAUCAAACUUACCAGCCCUAUCGACUGCAGAAAUACGAACUGCUCAACAAGAAGACCCUACCAUUGCAAGAUUUCUGCAAUAUAAAAAGAAGGGGAGAUGGCCAACUAGGGCUGAGCGUACCAAUGAGCUUUCUGAAACUAGAACGCUGAUGCGCGAGUGGAGUAAAAUUGAGAUAGACAAAGAUGGUAUUCUGCAUCGAAAAACAAAAACCAGAACGCAACUGUUAAUUCCAAAGAGUCUUCGACCAAUGAUACUCAAAUCACUGCUUAAUGAUAUGGGACAUCUUGGUACUGAGAGAGUGCUUACAUUAACUCGAGACAGAUUCUACUGGCCUCACAUGGAAACUAACAUCAACCAUUACAUAACACAAGAAUGCAGUUGCGUGAAAGACAAGAAGCCAUCGAAAAUCACUCGUGCUCCUCUGGUAAACAUCAAGACGUCAGAGCCAUUUGAACUUGUAUCCAUCGACUUCCUUCACCUUGACAAGUGUAAAGGAGGGUACGAGUACAUCUUGGUAGUGAUGGAUCAUUUUACGAGGUUUGCCCAAGCGUACCCAACCACCAACAAAUCGGGCAAGACAGUUGCUGACAAGAUUUUCAAUGAUUUUGUUCUGAAGUUUGGUUAUCCACGUAGACUACAUCACGAGUAG